UUUUUUUUAAUCUCUACUAAAUCUAAAAAUAAAAAGGCCACCCACUUCUCUCACUCGGGCAUCAAGAAGCCCGAAGCCCUUUUCUGAAGUUGCCCUCCAGACGAGAGAAUCCCUAAAAAGGCCCUAUUUUCCUCUGCCACUCUCAAUCCUCCCAGAUGCAGUGAGAAUAAUCAGUGAACUACGACUUUAUUGUGCUAGGCACAUUGAUCUUUGCAAUCAUAACGCUUUUUUCUGGUUGGUUCCAUCAUCACAAAGCUACUCCAAAAUUGGUUUGGUUCCAAGAUGUAAAAUUUACGUUGAAUCACCAUUUAGUGGGCUACUCGUGAAUUGCAUUUCAUCCAAACCAAACCUGAAUAAAGAAAUUUAUGAUUUGUAUUGGAAAUCAGCCCAGCUACACCUCAAUAAUUCAAUAAUUCAAGAAAUGGGCCGGGUUGUGCCCGCCUCAGCCCAUUACUACCCGACGAAACUCACGUCCGUUUCCACAAAAGCAACCCAAACGCUGGUUUCGGCCAUCUCUGAGUUCAAAAUACCUUGAUCACAGACUCUCAGCCUACACAAAAGCAUUCAAUCAUUGCUCUACAAACGCUGUGUUUUGGUCGAUCUCCGAGUUCAAGGUAGCCCGAUCAUUGUUUACAGAAGAGCAUUCAACCUCUAUUUACAAAAAAGCAUUCAAUCACCCAUUCUUGAAACGCUGCGACUCGGUCGAUCUCUGAGUUCAAGGGAAAGCAGUCUGAUGCAAGUGGAAUCAAACCAUGCUUCUUUAUAAGAACUCCUUUGAGCAAACUUACUAUGACAUUCUCUCUGUCAAGGAAGAUGCAAGCUAUGAAGAGAUCCGUGGAUGCUACCGAUCUGCCAUCCUCAAUUCCCAUCCUGAUAAAUUGCAAAAGACAACAGAGACAUCCAAUACUGAUCCUGAGUCAGGAGAUAGAUUCCUGAAAAUACAGAAGGCUUGGGAAACCCUCAGUGAUCCAAGGUCACGAGCUGUUUAUGAUAGUGGGCUGCAAGCUUCAAGACAGGAUACAGCCACAGCUGAAGAUCUCAGCUUAGAGGAUAUGACAAUUGAAGAUGAUGGCAAAGUAUUAGAGCUCUUUUACCAGUGUCGCUGCGGUGAUUACUUCUCUGUUGAUUCGUCUGAAUUGGGGGAAAUGGGGUAUGCUGUGUUUAGGGACGGAAGCAAGAUCUCUUUACAGACACCAGAUUCUUUGCCCGCAUCGUUUAUUCUUCCUUGUGGGUCUUGUUCUCUAAAAGUCCGCCUAUUGAUUAACGCAGAUACUGCAGUAGUAGUUUCUGAUAAUCUGUAAUUUGUGGGAUUAAUUUUUCGUGAUCGAGGGCCUCAAGUUUUUGAUUGAUGAGGAGUUGAAACUAUCAGGGCAGCCAUUCCACAUCUGUUGUGAGCUUCCCAGCAAAAUUUUGAUUUGAAAAACGGCAUGAUAUAAAAUUUCUUUUAGUUUUAA